AUGGAUUAUUUCCAUCAACACCUUAUACCUUGCAGUAGCUCAAAACGCAAUGAAAAUACUGACAAAAAGAUAGCAUUGAUAACAUUGCAAGCGAAAUAUUAUGUUGGACUGCAACAAUUUGCAAAAUAUUCGUUGAAAAUUCGAAAGCUAUGGGAAAUUGGUCACUUACCAAAAUAUAUCAAUUUAUUAGCAUAUGAUGGAGAUGCAGUGAAAAUACUGGUAAGAUAUAUCCAAAAUGAGGAACAGAAAAACAUCAUCUUAUCAUUUUAUACGCUAGCCGAUCUACUCGAUUUAUCACGAUCAUUGCUGAUGCUUCGCUUACUCAAACAACUUGAACAAAUUCUUGUCGAAAUAGCGUCGCAGAAGACAGAUUUCCUCAUUCAAGCUCUAAUUAUCAUCGGUAGUGAUCGUUUAAUUUUCGGUGGAAUAACCUCUCGUCAAAAGAUUGAAAAAAUCGCGGCGAUGAAAUUUCAAGAUGUUGUGCAACAUAAGUUUUUUGGUUGUAUACCACCAAUUGUCUUUGCAAAUAUUAUCGCCAGGUGCGAUUUGAACGUUAGCAAUGAAAUAGAUGUGGUAGAUGCUGGAAUUGUGUGGAUUUGGCAACAGAAAAGACCUCUCAUUAACAGUGCUUUAGUUUUUUCUCGUAUCCGUUCAGCAUUUUUGAGCCAAGGUGAUCGUAAAACCAUCCAAAAACUUCUCAAAACUUUACCAAACGGAAAAAAAAUGAUUCCAUUCAUUAUGACUACAUUGUCUAGCACAUUUUCUCGCCGUUGUUGUGUUAUCAAAGAUCAUAUUGAUAAAAGAAUGAUACGCUGCGGUGUACCCAACCUAAUCGAUGAUGUAACCAUCGACCUUCACAAACUUCCUUUGUUAGCUGAAUAUGCGGUUUUUUAUAAAUUAAAUAUAAUUUAA